UCACGCUUCCUAGAGUCGACCGAUUUCCGCUACGUCGAAUCAAAAAUACUCGAUUCGCGUACGCGAAGCCAGUCCAUCAGGACUUGAUCCUUCUGUCCAAGUCUUUUCCACCAAGAAGACUUGGAAUAAACAGAAAGCAUCAUUUCUCUGAGAAAACUGCUUCCAGGACUCUCUCUCUCCUCACAUGCUGCCCAGCGCGUGAUCUGGUAGCGUCGCCCAUCGCCCAUGUUCUUUUCUUUCUUGUGACAAUAGUUCCUGUCCACUCUACGUGACUCCGAUCUGAGUUGUCGUCGCUCUUUUUUUAUUAUUAUUUUGUUGUUGCCCGUCAUGUUCGCUUCUCUUCGACAGAUUCUGUCUUCGGAUGACAGUAUGCUUAGGCGGUCUUUUAAUUCAAAGGGUCGAGUAGGCAAGACUGUCAAGUCGUCUAAAUCUAAGAAGACGUAUGGUAAACGAGUCAAGGCGAAAAUGGAGGAGAGUCUCGAAGGUCCGGUGGAAUCCCCCCCUCCUAGUCCUAUGGUUACACUAGUUGUAGGCUCGGAACAGCGCACUUUUGCAGCUCAUGAAGAUGUUCUGUCCCGCUCGCCUUUCUUUUGUGCCAUGCUUCAGGACCAGUAUAUCGGAGAUUCUGCGAACAAAGUCAUAGACCUGGCUGAUGAAGAGCCAGAGAUUCUAUCCUGCAUUCUCGAGUUCCUGUAUAAAGGAGAUUACUACCCCCGCAUACUACGCAACAAGGACCAAACCUCCUGGGGCCUCGAAAACGCCCAAGACAUCAACAACACCGGAGGCCGCGGAUCCAGCGAAGCCACAUUCUUCCACCCACGCAUCGACAACCUCGUCCUCAGAGACACAGUCGUCUACUGCGCCGCGGAGAAGUACGGCCUCGAAGACCUCAAGCGUCUGUCCCUCCGCAAACAGGGCCUGCAGAGUGGCAUCCCCGUUGAUGUCAUCCUGCGAUCUGCCCGGUAUGCGUAUGACAACACGCCGGACUCGGAUUCGCGCCUCCGCGCUCAUUACCUGGCGAUGAUUAUUCGGACCCGGAAGAUUUUCAAGAGAAGUGGCACUAUGCAGUUGGAGAUGGAGAUGGGACAUGAGUUCUUUUUCGAUUUGUUUGUUGCGAUGUGUAAUCAUAUGGAUGAUUUGGGGGAGGCUCGCAGCAAGCGAUCACCCAAAAUCUCCUAA